AGGAAAAUGAAUGAGUUUUCUUGGGUUCCUUCCACAUUUUCCCCUUGUGCACAGAGCGGAGAGCAUGAUCAUUCGCUGCCGUUAUUCAACGAGGAUUUGUGUGUUGUUCCUGCUCAGCCCUCGAAAAGAAGUGAAGGUUUGGAUAAGCAAUGGCGUCACAAAGUAAUAGAAAGGCAGAGGAGAAUGGACAUGAAAUCCCGCUAUUCACAGCUCAUUGCCUUAUUGCCCGGAAAAGAUAACAGGGGCCAUAUUUCAAUUGCUGAUCGGUUGUCAGAAGCCUCAGAUUAUAUCAGUCAUCUGCAGGAGAAAGUGAAUGAGCUUGCAAAGAAAAGAGAUGAAGUAAAGAUGAAGAUUAACGAGGAGAAGCUUUAUUGUUACAACAAAGAAGACAAUGAGAUAUCAUUCUCUGAGUGUGAAGCAUUUCCUCUAGUGAAAGUAACCCAUAUGGGUUCACGAGUAGAGAUCACAACAAACACCUUGAAAGAACAGAUGGUGUUGUCUGAGCUUAUCUUUGUUAUUGAAGAACAAGGCCUUCGAAUACUUAGUUCAGCUUCUUUUGCCUCUGAUGGAAAUAUCUUCCACACCGUCCAUUGUAAGGUUUUGGAUACACAGAGCUUCAAGAGCGACCUUAUACUUAAACAGAGACUUCGGCAAUUGAUUGAUCAAAAAAGCACUCCACAUACAAGCCUCCUAUAAAUAUAUGAUGUGCCUACAACAUGCGACUAUGCUAAAGGAGGAAUUUAUGUGAUGACCCAUCCGAAAGUAGUUAGCAGUGAUUUAAAUAUACAAGAUGUAGUGUUUGGAGUUAUAAUCUAGUCACCGUUUUUGUGGUUAGCAUUGUUGGAAUGUUUUUUGGAAGGAUCCAUAGAUACAAAAUCCUCCUUUUUUUGUAGAUGAUCUAUCAGUAUCCAAGCACUGUAAGAAUCCACGUGUUCUGCAAAUAAAAAUGA